CAUUCCCUUUUGUUUUCGUUCUUACAAAAAGGCGAAUUUUAUUUGUGCGCAAAGUUUUUGCGAUUCUCAUGAAAUUUUGAGAGCAAAUGGGCAUUUUCAGUAGCAAAGAACCCGUCGACAUGAGUGGACCUGUGGCACAGUUUGUGAGAGAGACCAUUGCAAGUGAUAAAGUGGUGAUAUUCUCAAAAACCUAUUGUCCCUAUUGUUCAAUGGCCAAGGAGCAAUUCCGAAAGUUGUCUCAGGACUUCACAGCAAUUGAAUUGGAGAGCAGAGAGGAUGGGUCUGAGAUUCAGGAUGUUCUUGGAGAGAUCACAGGUGCUAGAACGGUACCCAGAGUCUUUGUAAAGGGUGAAUUCAUUGGGGGAGGAACUGACGUCAAGAAGCUAUACAACGAUGGGUCUCUCAAAAAGAUGCUUGAGUAGAAAAUCAUACCUGAUGAUUCACUUUCUCUCGAAAUUCCACGAAAAGUUCAUUAAACAUUCAUCCGGACAAGUCGGGGCAAGUACCGUACCUCUGUCUCUCUAUGGACAUAACCGAUAUAACGGCAAUUAAUAAACAAAUCAGCUGAUUACACGUGUCAUUUUCCUGAGAUCAUUUAUUGCUAGUUGCGAAUUUUUCCCCAGUGAUAACACGAUUCUUCAGAUUUGCAUCAAAAGUGAACAGGAAAUUAAAAAAAGGUGAGUUCCGGAAAGAAAAGUUCAGUUAUUUUCUCGAAAAUCAUUUCUUUAGUGCGCGGAAUACACUCUUAGAAACGGUUUGUUAUUUUUUGUAUUUUAAUUCUAAUUUAUAGUUGAUUUAUUAUAAUUUAGAUUUUGAAUUUGUAUUUGUAAAAAAUCUUAAAACAUAAUAACUGUGCCAACAGUUAUCAUAUUUUGUCAAAAAAAAAAAAAGAAAAACAAUAAAAAAAGAUUAGAUUAUGUGAAAUAGCUAAGGAAUAAGGUUGUUUUACCUUAUGGAUGCUGUGAUUCUUGCAUUGGCAAUUUCUUUAGUGGACACGGAAAAGAAAUUUUAGCACAAUAAAUUAAGCUAAUGUUCAUAUUUGGAAUUAGCACAGAUCAACAAUUGUUUAUUGUGAAAAGAGAAAAAUUCUACCUACAUAAGAGGCGCAAGGAGACCUUAUUUGAAAGUAAAUCCAGUUCAAACAUUGUAAUGAAUUAAUUUCAAUAAAAUUCAUUGUAAACCC